CUUCAGGUUAAACAAUGGAAGCCGAUUUGAAGUCGAUAUCCAGAAAGCUUUUCAAAUGGGAUACGCGGUCAACAGCUCUGACGCCAGAGUGGUUUUUCGAUCGCCAUACUUUACGAAUGAAAGCUCUUCUAUGAUGAUUGAAGGCACGCUGGUUGAUGUUAUAAGACCAUUUGUGUACUACGCGGAUAGGUGGUCGGCAUUCCUCCUUGAUAUGACGACUGCCUGCCCUGUACAAGAGCCGGAGUGCACGGAACAAGCCAUCGUGUGGACUCUGCCCAGGAUCCUGCAACCGCUGGUGCUGCACUUGGCCGAGGUGGAGUACAUAGAGACGAGCGUGUGGGUCGACUUCAAGAAGGUCGACUCGACCACAAUGGGCCAGAGGGGCUACGUCCUGACGCAGACGAACGCCACCACCUCAUUGUCGGUGCCGUGGGGGGCGGAAGGCGGCUUCAACAAGAGCUGUUGGGUCAAUUGGCACUUCGGAAUGGAAUACAUCCUCGACCUGCAGAUCCAGCAUCUGUGGACCGAUGACGUCUGGGACCUCACGAGGAUUAUGAUUGCAACCAAGGGAAGCUGCCCUUGCCGAGAAAUUCGGCUGCAAGAUGAUGUGUGUACAGAUUCUGGUUUUGCGAUCACGAUGGGGCUGUUUUUGAAUGGAGUCUCCAUCGUUAACUUGACGAUCGGUGCAGAGACCUUCACGGUGUGCGACCAGGACGCAGAGGGAUUAUUGCUGCUCCAAUCGGUGCAGGCUCCGUGUCGCAGCGCCGAGGCCUUGGACUAUCAGCUGCACCAACAGCUUGUCCCGUGGAGUCCGGAUGCAUUCUAUUUGGUGCUUGAGAUCCCGUAUAGUGCCAAGGUGGUGGAAAAACAGUACCUGGUGGACACCACCACGCAUGUGUACACGCUUGCCGUGAAGCUUGUGUUGCUGGAUACCGAGGCGCAGUAUUACAUCACAACAGUCCAGCAAUCGUGCACCAUAAAUGAUGUCGUGCUUCCGGUUGCAUAUGGGAUGUGCACCACGAGCAGCCUCAUCCUGGUGGUGCAGCCGGGGAGCCUGGACUCUUCCACGCUACUCUUCGUGGGAGACACAUGGCUCUCGAGCGAUGCCAUGGAGCAAAUGGGAUACACGUUCUCCCGCAACGCCACACACUACUCCAUCAGCAUGCCACCUGAUGCAAAGGGCCUGAUAAUUGAGGCACGCCCCAACCCCUAUUGCACACUAACUACCGUACUCCUUCACAUGUUUUACUGUUGGCUUGUGUGUUUGUUUUGAAGGUGUCAGUGCUCCGUACACUGUGCUGCAGUCCUAAUAACACAGGUUUGAUUCCUAGCCAUAGCUAACCUGUGGCAAUUGGCGUCUGAACCAGUUCCGAAACUUCGUGACUCGAAAAUGUAUGGUUUA